UGUGGGCUGCUCUCACCACACUGCCCUUGUCGCUGGCUCACUCGUGGCGCCUCUUCCUUUUUCUCUUCCUCCUCCACCACCACCACCACAACCCUCUCAUGAUGACAGUUUAGACACAAAGCACUAUAGACGUGUACAUAAAAUCUCUCUGUGGACAACAAGUAUUUUUUCCCUUCUUCACGUAACUUCCUACUUGCACUCUUCCCUCUGACCGUGUCGGGAACAACAGUGAAACAUAUAAAACGAGAGGAAAGAUAGAGUAAGGACACAGGCCUUAGCCACCACCACUACCACAACCCUCAUGCCGAGAAUCAAAAACCGUGUGCCUUUCAGUGCGCGUUGAGUCUCACGUGGGGUAAGAGUCAGCCUGGAAACACCUGUAGAGGAACACGCUCGGGGUACAGACGGUGCCGGUGCGUGAGAUGAGGUGCGGGAAGGAUAGUGAGGUGGAGGCUGCCGAAGGACGAAGGUAGUGACGAUGGCUUUAGGUCACCUGCCAUUUCUGGGGAGCCAUAGAGUGACCAAAGCAAAGUAAAGAAACACGUGGCGAAAGAAAAAAAAAGUCUAAAUGGUGACGUUGGAUAUUUUGGGACACGGAAGCAAAACAAAACAGUGACUUGGACGGUGGACCAAAUGAAAAAACACAGAAACAAUGCCACAAGUUAUAUUCGUGACCGUGUAAGGUCAGGUGUGCCGGGAGGACAGUAGUGCAAGGUCACCACGACAUUCCUGACUUGACCUUGAGUGAACCAAUGACCUGACAUGACUUCACGAGGACCUGCCAGCGACAUGACGGCUCGAGAGUGGCUGGAGAGCAUCGACAAGAGGCCUGAGGAGAGGAGUGACGGGGACCUGGCCACCAUUACGUCCCACCUCCGUCUCCUGCCACCUCUCGACCGCCUCCCUUCGCCUGUUCUUGGGGAAUUCGCUCGAUGUUCCUACUAUGAAGACCUGGAGCGGGGCGUUACCUUGUACCAGCGAGGGGACCGAGGCACGAACUGGUACGCCUUGCUCAGCGGUACAGUGGACACCCAGCCGCCAACCACGGGAAUCUUGGGUGGCACGAUCGGGCAGAUGACGGCCGGCGCAAGCUUUGGGGAGUCGGUGCUCUCAGAUGCCCCGCGACGCUCCACCAUCAUCACCAGGGAGAACUGUGAGCUGCUCAGGGUGGAACAGCGAGACUUCAGGCACAUCUGGCAGAGGAAUAAGGAGUUUAUGCAGGACGUGUUAUACAACUCCAACAGAAAAGACGCCUCCUCGGGAUCCAUGCUGGACGAGGGCCGCGCUCUUUGGCGGCGCGUGGGAUCCCGACGGCGGCGGUCAGGCACGCCGCGGGAGCUGCCCAAGGAGCCUGUCAUGGGCAGGGAACAGCCACGCCGCUCCUCCACCCAUUCCCCUACUAGGGCCGCCUCCUCUUCCCCUGUGAGGCAACCCGCCUCCACACACCAGCAGAGAAGCAGCUCCAUAUCAGUGCCGCGAGCCUCCAGCACCCUGCCCAAAGGCUUCAGCAUGGCGCCCCGCGGCACGCCGCCCCCGUCCAGGGACACCUCGUCGCCGCAGCAGAGGAGCUCAGACUCCACCUACGGGUCGCCUUCCCAUGAGAGGAACAAGUCAGAGUCGCCUUCUAGGGAUUCCUCUUCCCGUAACUCCACUCCGCGCGGCACCCCCACCAAGUCCUCUCCAGUCCCUGGCACACCAACUAGGGAGAUGCCCCGUCGCCCUAGUCUCACCCGCGCCGCCAGCUUCGACAGUCCUUCCGUCAGCCCUCGGCGGUCCAGCCUACGCAGUGCAGUGCUUCGCCUCCGCUGCGAGUCUCAAGACACAGCCGAGGAGGACGAGGAAGAGGAAGAGAGCACGCCCGCUGUCACCUUCAGAGGGAUAGACAGAGAAGACGAGGACGAGGAGGACGAGGAAGAGGACGAGGAGGAUGACGACGAGGAAGACGAAGAGGAGGAGAUGAGUGAGGGCAAAGGGUCCAGCCGGGUGAUGAAUGGGGAAGGGGGGGUGAAGAGCAGAGCCAAGGGGCGGAGACGGGCCAAGGGGGGACGGCGAGGCAGGACUCAGGUGGAGCCCCAACGAUCCCAAGACCUGGACUCACCCAGCAACGCCGCCAUGCCCAUAGUGGAGGCCCCUAGCGAGCGGGUGUGCGAGGCCUCGUGGGUGCUGCGGACGCUUAUCCUGGCCCGAGCGCCUCACCUGCUGCGGGACAGACGGCAUCAUGGCAUCGUGCAGCCGCGGUGUGGCGUGGGGACCGAGCUGUGUGAGUGGCUGCUGUCUCUCUCCUCCACCGUCCACUCCCGCUACCAGGCUGCUAGUAUGUGGCAAGCACUACUAGAGGAGGGCGCUAUCUACCAUGUGACGGGCGAGCAACCAUUCCGGGACAAGUUUCUAUUCUACCGAUUCUUGGAGGACGAGGCGUCAGUUCCUGGGAUGGCGGUCACUAUGCCAUCACAGGGGGACAGGCGGGAGGCAGAAGAAAGGGUCACGCCUGUCCUGGCUUUCCUACAACAACGAGCACCCGACGCUAUGCUCAGAAUGAUCCUCAGGAAACAGAGUCACGAGCGCACCAUCGAGGACCAGGAGCUGAUCUACGAGGAGCUGCUGCACCUGAAGGCUCUGUCCCACCUGUCCAACACUGUCAAGCGGGAACUCGCCUCUGUCAUCAAGUUUGAGUCACACUCCAGGGAGGGAACUAUAUUGUUCCAGCAAGGGUCUGAGGGCAAGUCGUGGUACAUCAUCCUGCGAGGCUCUGUGAACGUCGCUAUUCAUGGUAAGGGCGUCGUCAACACCUUACACGAGGGAGAUGACUUCGGCAAGCUCGCCCUCGUUAAUGACGCUCCCAGGGCGGCCACCAUCAUCUUACACGAGGACAACUGCCACUUCCUGCGGGUGGACAAGGGGGACUUCAACAGGAUAAUGCGUGACGUGGAGGCCAACACAGUACGCCUCAAGGAACACGGACAGGAUGUGCUUGUUCUGGAGAAGAUUUCGUCCAACGCCCACACGCACUCACACUACAAGUACACGGUGAUGUCUGGCACGCCACAGAAGAUGCUGGAGCACCUGCUGGAGACACGUCUGGACGGGCGGCGGGGGACGUCAGGAGUGGAGAUGACCAACCUUCCCUUGAGGCGGUGUGAGCUGACCACCACUGACCUCUUCCUCGACGACUUCCUCCUCACGCACAUCGUCUUCAUGCCCUACCCGCACCUCACCAAGGAGCUCCUCAGACAUUAUCGCAUCGACAGUCAGAGCAACAGUCAAGACCAAGAGUUCAUUGUGGCGUGCAAGAGGCGCGUCAUUCACUUCGUCCACCGCUGGGUCAUGACCAUCAAAACGCCAGUCUUCAGCAGCCCUGCCGCCUCGCAGUUCUUGCAGACUCUACAGGAGGAGGUGGCGAAGGACGUGGAGGUGUACGGCGUGGCUCUGCGGGACGAGGCCACGCUGAUGCUGAGCGUGGCGGAGGCGCUGGAGCGUUACGAGCGAGACAGGUCCACAGCGGGGGUGAGCAAGUGGAAGCUCCCCACCAGCGGGCGUCCCAUCAGUCUCUUCGGAGUGACGUCCACGGAGGAGCCGACGGAGCCACACAGAGCCAUCCGGGCGCAGGACGACAGUAAGGGCCACGGCAUGGCCGAGGUUUCUCUGUGCCACCCCUUGAUGUCCACUUCUGUAAUCUUCCGGGUGUACUGCGCGGACCACACCUACUGCACUCUGAGAUUCCCCCUGAACACCAACAGCGAGGUCAUCAAGCGCUCUGCGGCAGACAAGCUGGGCCUUCGUCAAGAGAACCUACUGCUGGUGGAACUCAAGUCUACAGGUGAGGUGGUGCCGUUCAGGGAGAGGGAGAUCUGCCCCCCCACCGCCCUCAGCCUCAACGGACGCCUCUUUAUCUCCAACAAGGACCACCUCGACGCCUUGAUGCCCCUCGCCGAGCAGGAGGGGCCCUCGGAAGGCACCAUCAACCAGCUGGAGAUGUACAGUACGAGAGAGCUGGCCUACCACAUCACCAGCCACGACUGGGACCUCUUCAGCGCCAUCCAUGAGUAUGAGUUCCUGUACCACGUGUUCGGGCGGGACCACUUCGGCGAGGUGAUGUGCAACCUGGACGUGUUCCUGCGCCGCUUCAACGAGAUCCAGUACUGGGUGGUGACGGAAAUGUGCCUCGCUAACGCUCUCUCCAAACGCUCCCAACUGCUCAGGAAGUUCAUCAAAUUGGCAGCUUAUUGCAAGGAGCAGCAGAACCUGAACGCCUUCUUCGCCAUCGUGAUCGGCCUCAGCAACGUGGCUGUAUCCCGCCUCACGCAAACCUGGGAAAGACUGUCCUCAAGGUUUCGCAAGAUGUACUCUGAGUUUGAGAUGCUGAUCGACCCGUCCAAGAACCACCGGGCCUACAGAAUGUAUGUGGCCAAACUGCACUCACCCAUCUUGCCCUUCACGCCCCUGCUCAUGAAAGACAUGACCUUCACCCACGAGGGGAACAGCACUAUCAUCGACGGCCUGGUGAACUUCGAAAAGAUGCACAUGCUGGCCGAGACCCUCAGGACCAUCCGCUACUGCCGCUCCAGGCCACUCGCUCUGGAGGCGCCACCUGUCCCCAAGAACGAGAACGAGAUCCGGGUGUACGUGAGGAACCUGCAGGUGAUAGACAACCAGCGGCGCCUCCUCACCCUCUCCCAGCGGCACGAGCCUAAGCGACCAUGAGUAGAGAGACGUAGGACGCAACCCUCUCUCAGCUGAGACCACGGGGCGUCCUGCGUCACACACACACACACACACACACACACACACACACACUACACAUGAACUCCUCCCUGUGAUUUCAAGCGAACAGAUGAAGCAAAGAAUGGUCUCCGUGUAUGGGGAAGCAGAGUGAAUUGUGAAGGAGAUACAUUUUGGUUCCACGUCUUUUUUUUAGGUUCAUGUUCUCCUUGCAUUAGUACACGAGACACGGAGACAGGAGGAGGCUUGCUGCUUCCCUCAACUCAUCCAAGGGAGAUUCGAAGUGUCACAUUGUUUAUCAGUGUGUCACGUGGGAGGGGUCUCGUCUUCUUACAGUGAGUUCUUCAUAACACGAAGCUCGAGCGUCUGUGUAUCGAAGCUUCGACUGAGUGGUGAAAGUGAAGCACUGAUACUUAAAAGCAGUAACGUGCGAGCUGUUCGAACCAAAACGAACAACCAAAGUAGUAGCAGCUGUCCCUUAUAGAGAGGCAGGAGAGAGGAAGUGGAAUACAGAGAGAAUUUCCACACACACAGAACAGAGUAUAGAAAAAAGAAAGGUGUUUGUAUCACCGUGGAGCUGAGAGUUAGCAAGUGGACGAGUGUUACUGAUUAAGGUAAAAAUGUUGAAAAGUAUGUUUGGGUAAGUGACUGAAAUGUAUAUCUAGUCCUUGAAGUGAAAGACUGUAAAUCCACUCGUCCCUCAUCCCUCCCUCCUGCCCUCCUCUCACUCUCCCGCUGGCUGGCAAGUGAUUGGAGACAGAGGGAGAGAGGAAAGGAAAUAGUAAGGGAACUUCUACUGUAUACAAAGGUACAUGUACAUGACCAAUUUGUAGGUGUACAGUUUGUGUGUGUGUGUGUGUGUGUGUGUGUGUGUGUGUGUGUGUGUGUGUGUGAGUGUGUGUGUGUAAAUAG